AUGUCUCUCAGCGAAAUCCGCGGCCGACUCGCUCUUGUUACUGGUGCAUCAGGAGGAAUCGGCGCCGCGUGUACUGAGCAGCUGGCACAACAUGGAGUCCGCCUUGCUCUGACCUACUCCACCAACCAGACCGCGAUGAAUGAGCUCGUAGCGUCUCUACAAUCCCGAUACGAGGACCAACAGCUUCGCAUCUCUAUGCACCAAGUCGAUGUUGGAUGUCCAGACCAGAUCGAAGCGAUGUUCGAGCAGAUCGAUGCCUACCACGGCCACCGACCGGACAUUCUGAUCUCGAAUGCCGGAUACGGGAAACGCAUUACUCAAGUUUGGGAUAUUAGUCUGGAGGAAUUCGACAAGAUGAUGAAUAUCAACCUUCGUGCUUCGUUCAUUCUCGUAAAAGGCGUUGUCGAGCGCAUGAAGAGCGAGCGAUGGGGUCGCAUCGUGUUCAUCUCAUCAAUUGCUGCAUACGGGGGAGGGAUCAAUGGAUGUCACUACGCGGCUUCCAAGGCCGGAUUGACUGGAAUGAUGAAGAACCUAGCUACCCGACUGGCCGAGUAUAAUAUCAGCGUGAAUGAUGUUGCUCCUGCAAUGAUUGGGGAUACGGGGAUGAUUGCCAAUGCUGCAGCUGUUCCGGAGGUAGUAGCAGGUAUUCCUUUAGGUCGGCUGGGGACGCCAGAAGAGACAGCAAAUGUCGUGAGUAUGUUGGUGAGGACAGGAUACAUGACGGGCCAGAGCUUACUGCUUGCUGGAGGGUUAAAAUGA